AAUAAGCUGAAGUUUGAUAUUAUUUUAGUUAUUGAUAUAGAAUGUAAAUAAUAUAACGGUAUUAAUCAUUUGAGCAUAAAUAUAAGCCUAAAGAUAUGCAAUAAUAUUAUUCGUACGCACUUUUUCUAACUAAUUCAAAAGGAUUUUGACUUUAAGUUUUGUGUUUGAAAUGAAUCAAAUAUCUAAUCAAAAGCAGAUAUUUGAAAUCUUCAAAAUCUUUAACACAUCUUUGUGUAUGUAUGUUUGUUAAAAUUUCGUUAAUAUUCUACUGUUUAAGUAAGUUGAUGAUGAUGAUGAUGUUUAAAUUACUGAGAAGCAAGCCAUGUGUAAGCUUUGUUUAAUAUUUUAGAUGGAUUGCUUGCAGAUAAAUAUUUGGCUAAAAUUUAUUUCUCACACAGAACAAUUAUACAUAUACAUAAGCACGAAUGAUUGCGAAUCAAUGGUGGUUGCUAGCGAACUGUGAAUAAGCAACAAUCGCCGACACAGACUAAAUAAUUUAUGACACAUCCAGCAAGUUUCUUUUGUGUGUAAGAGAAGCUCAAGAAAAGCUUAAGUCUUCUAGCAGGAGCGUAAAGUACAGAUUUAAACAAGAUUUUGCUACAAACUAAGGGGCUGAAACAAAAUUCGUGGACUUCUUUUUUCUUGAAAAAUUAUUUUGAACAUGACCAAUGAAAAAAAAAGGUUUUCAAAUGUUGGUCAAAAAUGACUUGUUAAAACCUGUCAACUGUUUCUAAUAGAGCAUCAGUACAAAGCUUAGAAAAUAAAGUUCAUAGCGUUUGUUAGAAAUAAAGUUAAAGUUAUGUAAAGUUUUAUUUACAAUGCCAGACAGGCAAGAGUCCGAAAGCCAACAGCAGCAAGUCAGCAAGCAAGCAACAACUUCAUAAUUAAAAAGCCAGCUUUUAAAACGUAUUUAACAUAACCAGUUUUAUUGUUUUCUUAGCUUCGUUGCAGCAAAGACGCUUACUUGCUGGCUGACUUUGUUUUAAUAUUAUUAUUAUUAUUGUGUUUAUAGUGUAACUAUUUUAAAGUAAUUUCUUACGGCUUUAAAGAAAUAUUAUACGUUUUUACUUAUUUAGUUUAGUUAGUUAGUACUCGUUGAAUUGUAAAUUUUUAUAACACAAAACUUAAUAGAAUUAAAAAAUAAAUUUAAAAUUAAAUAGAAAUUUAAUUAAAAAAAGUGCAAUUUAUAAUAAAACCAAUUAUACGUUUAUUUGUUUGUAUUUGUUUUGUGUUACUAAUGUAUUAAUUUAAACAAACAUAACCAGCAGCAGCAUCAUCAAUAAAUUAUAUUAGCUAAUCUUCACACGGCCUUUUUUUAACAAAAAACAAAAUGAAUAUUUGGACCAUAAUCUUGUUUUUAUUCAUAAAUGCGCAAGUUGGUUUAUCGAACGAUGAUGGCCCUCUCUUAACGCAGACCAUUUAUGGAUUUUUGGAUUUUACCACUACUAUUGGUAAUACAGUAAUGGUUUUUUCACCACAAAGUGCUCCAUCAUUAGUCAUAACACCGGAAAUAAUAGCACCUGUUAUAAAAACAAAACCUGAAAAUGUGGCCCCCAUUACACCGAAUGAUGCUAUAAAUCCUACUAAACUAAAAACGGUUAAUACAAAAUCGAAAACCCAAGUUACUUCGAAAGGCAACGAAAAUAAAUUAAAACCGCCUAAUGCUUCUACAUCUGUUGCUGCUCCGGUUUCUACGCCUCAAGAUGUCGUCAUACCAAAUGAAAUUGUCCAGACUUCCCUUACUAUUGAUAAUGACGUACAGGAUCCUGAAUAUGAUUUACUUUCCCGACAACCGCCACAAUUUAUAGAGGAAACUUAUCGUGUUGUAAAUUUAAAAUCCAAUAGUAAAAAUUCCAGAACCCCAGUUGUUGUUACACCUGAGAAAAACACUGCCAGCAGUAUUGUUACCAGUUCAAAAGCACCCUCGAGAUCGCAUAAGAACAAAAAGAAUAAGGUAAGAGCUUCCAGCACUCUGCAAGUAUUGAAAACUGCCGCUCCUGUUACACCACAAAAAAGCAGCAGUAAUAAUAAAGUCACACUACGCAAUACAUCGUCUUCGUCCACCUCCACCUCAUCAUCCCGUAAGAGCAGUAAAAAAGGAUCAAGUCAUAGAGGAACUACUUCUACCACUCCUCAACCGGAAGAGGUAGUUAUAGUGAAAUCUACUACCACUAGAAACAAACCUAAAAGAAAAAAUAAGCAUAAGAAUUCAACCACCUCCAAACCCAGAUACUCUACAACAACAAGUGCUACCACUACCACAGAACAAACCCUGCGUAGAGCAUUCCGACCUAAAUUGCAGGUAACUAACUCGGACUUAGAUAGUAAUAACUUGCAUAUAACAAAACUUAACCGUACUCCCGGUCGUUGGCAAUAUAAAACUUCACCCAAACCCCGAGUAAAUAUACGAAAACCAGCUGUUGAGGCCAAUGGAGCGGGUGGUUUAAGCAAUGUUACUUCUGCCGGCAACAGCAAUUCGAAUGUCUUUGCCGAAUCAGCUUUAAGUGAUAAUUUAAAUGGAAAUUUCUUAAACCAGAAUGUUAUCUACAAUCAAACCGAUUUAGAAAUAUCCGGCUCACAAAAUGGACCCAUCUUGAACAAUAUCGAUCAAGAGGGUAAACAAAAGGUUUUCACCGAAACCAUAAAUGUUGAAAUAUCAACACCAGCUGACUUUAAAGACACCUACUAUGAAAUUGCAACUAUUAAGAAACCAUUUAUAUUCCAGGCUGGUGUUUUGAAAAAGACCCGUUUUAUUACGGUCACCUCGACCAUUGAAAAAUAUCUAACGCCAGAACCCUCUAUAGAGCCACGAAAUGAUGACGAACCUUUGACAGAGAAUAUUUUAGCCGCUUCGACCAAGGCGGAAGGAGUGCUAGUAGGCAGUAUAACAACUUUGCCACCUAUUUAUGUUAAUGGUGAAACCGAUACGCCGAUUUUAGAAACUAUAACCGAAUCUUUUAGUAUUGUAAACAAGAAAUUGAAAACUCAAAUUCUGCCCGUUAUCAAUGAAAACGAUAAUGAGACUACUUAUCAUACUUUGGUGCAGACGAUCGAUUUGACCAGCCUGAUAACGGUUACAAAGACCACAUCGCCCCAUUUGGAAACUAAGGAAUUCAAUGGCUUUAAAGAUUUUGUAGGCAACUUAGAUGAAGCAGGUUCUGAAAUCAAUUUAGACUUGGAAUUUGGUGAUGAAGGCAACCAGGAGAAUGGCAGUGGUGAAUCGCAUAAAAACGACUUUGAAGGUGCAAGAUUCAAUAAGACAACCCAACAAAUACAACCAACAUUUACUACAGGAGUGCUAAAUCUGCCAUCACAAAAUGUAAUUACAAAUUCACGUCCAGUGAUUAAAUUAGAGACCCUAUGGGAGUCAUAUGUGGUGCCAAUUACCAAUGGUCAAUCGACCACAUUUAGAACCUUAUCUAAGGCAAAGGGUGUUGUAGAGAAAACUGAUUAUGUUAUAGAGACCACAACACUUUCGGUGCCACCUCCCAUUCUACCACCAUCUACAAUAAAUCCCUUCUUAUUGCCUCUGCCUCAGCAAUUCCAAACGAUUACUUCACCCAUUGUCCAACAAACGAUAGUUACACAAACUGAGAGCAAAGUAUUAAAAUUAACUUUCGGUGCGAAAACCGCUUACACCACGCUCUAUUCUACGCAAGUUGUACCUACUGUGCAGACCAUGUAUGUGACCACUUCAGUGCCUGUCCAACCUACGGCCAAUCCAUUCCAAGGAUUUUUCCCUCAACCCUAUAAUCCUUUUGCAUAUUUAGGUUAACAUCAUUCCUUAUCAAAUUAUUAUACAUGCUCAUAAGAUUCUCUAACGUAAUAUAUCCAAAUUUUAGCAUUUGACAUCAAGUAAAAUUUAAAAUUUUCAAUUUGAAAUAGUGCAUUAUUUUCGAUUUUCAUCAUUGUAUCUAAUCUUAAGGAAACCUUAUGUGUAUGUACUACAUUUAUUAUCCCUCUUCCCCUUUCAUUAAACAUCAAUUCGUUCAUUAUUUAAUUAUUACUUUUUCGUUUAUUCUCUCCCAAACAAUUCAUUCUAUGUAAUCUGUAAGUUAUUUGCCCAUUGUUGCAUUAAAAAUACUCAAUAUUCACAAACAAAAUACUCAUUUACUAAAUUCAUAAAUGUAAAUUUUAAUUUAUUUCAAAAUAAAAUGUAAAAAAUCGGCAUCCAUAGUUUUAAUAAUACUUUUAAAAAAUAAAAGCGAAAAACAGUACUCGUAUGUAAUAAUUAUCUACACAAACCAAUCGUGAUCACAUCGUACAAAUUCCAGUAAGCAAUUUGAACGAUUUUACUUUGCCGCCCACAUAUUUGUACAUAUGUAUGUAUUUAUUAGAAUAUAAAUGAAUUUUUUAGUUGUACAUAAUACAAUCUUCAUUCAUACGUUUGUUUAUUUGUUUUUAUAUACAAAAUAUUGUUGGAUUUCAAGUACCUUUCCGUUAAUGUUAAAUUUUAAUUAUCUGAUUAUUUUUUAAUUUUGUUUUAAUAAAUAAAGAGAUGGUGAAAUCAC